CACUGAUCAUGGAGGAGUUGGACGUUUUGGACAAUAGUAGGCUGGCCACUCGCCCGGACCCCGCGGUACUCUUCCCCCCUCCCUCGUCUCCCCUCACUCACCUGGGCUCGCUGAUCACCGGACACGACGCUCCGAGCACCGGGGACUGGCAAAACAGGAGGCUGGAGUCUGAGUUCCAGGCCUGUCACUUUGUAGAGACCACCAGAGAAGCUUUGAGAGACUCCCACAUGGACCAAAACAUCACUAUACUGCACGCCAAGGUCGCGCAGAAGUCCUACGGCAACGAGAAGAGGUUUUUCUGUCCUCCUCCUUGUGUGUACAUCAGUGGUCCAGGAUGGAGGCUCAUGCAGGACAAUCUCAAAGCGUCUGGCUUUGGAGACUCGGUGUACCAGGUCAGAGGGUACAUGUGUCUGGACUGCUCCAGCCAAUCACAGAGCGACGCUUUUAAACUGGUGUUUGAUGAGCAACCGGACUCCAGGCAGCUGUUUGCCUGUGCCAAGUCCCUGUACAUCUCGGACCAGGACAAGAGGAAGCACUUCCGCCUGCUCCUGCGCCUCUUCCUGGGCAGACAGGAAGUGGGCUCCUUCCACAGCCGCCUCAUCAAAGUCAUCUCCAAACCCUCGCAGAAGAGGCAGUCCAUGAAGAACGCUGACUUGUGCAUCUCAUCGUGCUCCAGAGUGGCCUUGUUUAAUCGCCUGCGCUCCCAGACUGUGUCCACGCGGUACCUCUCUGUGGAGGGAGGAGCUUUUGUCGCCAGCGCCCGCCACUGGACAGCUUUCACCAUCACUAUGGUGGAGGAGCAGAGAGCGGACUUUGCCCUGACUGAGAGCUUCGUGUGUUAUGGUUGUGUGGUCCAGCUGGUGUGCACUGAGACCGGGGUAACUCUGCCUCCAAUGGUGAUCCGUAAAGUGAACAAACAGCAUGCCAUCCUGGAUGUGGACGAGCCGGUAUCUCAGCUUCACAAAUGUGCUUUUCAAUUUAGAGACAGCCCACAGUCCUAUCUGUGCCUGUCCAACGACAACAUCAUCCAGUACCAUGCCCAGUGCCCAACCCGAGACCCCAGCCGAGUGGUACUGAACGACGGCUCUUGUUGGACCAUCAUAGGGGUUGAGUCUGUGGAGUUCAGCUUUAACCAGAGCCUGGCUCAUGCCCAAAGCCCUGUCAGCCCUUUCCCCAUCAUCUCUUCACUGGAGGUGGGUCUCACGGGCUCCACGGUACAGGUAAAUGGCGGCGGACAUGUUGCGAUGCUAGAGAUCCACGGAGAGAACUUUACUCCGCAUGUCAAAGUGUGGUUUGGGAGUCAUGAGGCAGAGACUAUGUUCAAAUCCCCCAAGUCCCUGGUGUGCGUGGUUCCUGAUGUCUCUGUCUUCUCUGAGGGCUGGCGUUGUUUUCGGAGGACCAUCACUGUCCCCCUGUCCGUCAUCAGACUGGACGGGCUCAUCUACCGCACUGCGUACAGCUUCACCUACACACCUGAGCUCCAGCUGGCCCCUGUCCUCCGGGGUCCCGAGCAAGGCCGCAGACAGGAGGGGGCUCAGGGGGCGCAGGAGGGGGACGACCUACUGGAGACCAUACACCAAGAGUUCACACGGGCUAACUUCCACCUUUUCAUGCAGAGUUAGG